AGGAUACCGAGAUCUUCCCUUCUGCCAACAUGGGUCCCCGGGCACUGACAGAAAGACUUCUCCUGCUGCUGUGCCUUUUCUUCUCUCCGGCUUUCUGCCACAUUGAGACACGAGCGCAUGCAGAGGAGAGGCUCCUGAAAAGACUCUUCAGUGGAUACAACAAGUGGUCUCGGCCCGUGGCCAAUAUCUCUGAUGCUGUUAUGGUCCGGUUUGGACUCUCCAUAGCCCAGCUCAUCGAUGUCGAUGAAAAGAAUCAGAUGAUGACAACCAAUGUGUGGGUAAAGCAGGAGUGGAACGAUUACAAGUUGCGCUGGGACCCCCUGGAGUAUGAGAAUGUGACUUCAAUCCGGAUCCCCUCAGAGCUGAUCUGGAGGCCGGAUAUUGUCUUGUACAACAAUGCCGACGGUGACUUUGCCAUUACCCAUCUCACAAAAGCUCAUCUCUUCCAUGAUGGUCGAAUCAAGUGGAUGCCACCAGCAAUCUACAAGAGCUCUUGUAGUAUCGAUGUCACCUUCUUCCCCUUUGACCAGCAGAACUGUACCAUGAAGUUUGGCUCUUGGACUUAUGACCGAGCCAAGAUAGAUCUGAUCAGCAUGCAAAGCCAUGUUGACCAGCUGGACUAUUGGGAGAGUGGUGAGUGGGUCAUUGUCAAUGCUGUGGGCAACUAUAAUAUCAAGAAAUAUGAGUGUUGCACAGAGAUUUAUUCAGACAUAACCUAUUCCUUCAUCAUCAGACGACUACCAUUGUUCUACACAAUCAACCUCAUCAUUCCCUGUCUUCUGAUCUCCUUCCUCACUGUGCUAGUCUUUUACCUCCCAUCUGAGUGUGGAGAGAAGAUCACGCUCUGUAUAUCAGUGCUUCUUUCCUUGACUGUCUUCCUUCUCCUCAUAACUGAGAUCAUUCCUUCAACAUCUCUUGUCAUCCCUUUGAUUGGAGAGUACCUACUCUUUACUAUGAUCUUUGUGACCCUCUCCAUCAUCAUCACUGUCUUUGUGUUAAAUGUGCAUCACAGAUCCCCACGUACACACACCAUGCCAGCCUGGGUCCGUAGGACAUUCCUGGAUGUGGUACCUCGAGUUCUCUUCAUGAAGAGACCAGCGAAAGACAAUUGCAAGAAAUUAAUAGAGUCUCUUCAUGUAGGGAGCUUCAACCCCCCACCUAAGCUUUGGUCUGAGAGUGACAUUGAACCAGCAUUUCCUAGUUCAUCAUCUGCCAGUCCCACCAGCCAACAACCAUCUCCAACUUCUUCCUGUUGUCAUCAGCUGGAACACAAUACUCAAGUAGUUUGCAAGUCCCCAUCAGGACAGUAUUCCAUGUUGUGUGAGGAAUCUGCUUUAACCAGUUGCCCUUCUCCAAAGCCUCAGACUAAGUUACUGUCUGAGGCCCAGCCAAAUUUAAUGCCUAAGCUUCGCUCUGUAAGCGUGCAGCAGAUGUACACCCCCAAGGAAGCAAAUGAAGGCACAGUCCGGUGCCGAUCAAGAAGCAUUCAGUACUGCUACUUGCAUGAAGAUUUCUCCCAGACUAAUGGCCAGGCGAGCAGUUCCCCAGUAGCCCAAAAAUGCAAUGUGAAUGAGCCACAGCCAGAAAGUCACACCUCUCCAUGCGUGUGUAAGCCCAAAAACCAGGAGAAGCAAGCCAACACAAGUCAAGGUGCCAAAACAGUCAAUGCCAAAGAACACCAUGUACUGCUUAUGUCUCCCUCACUUAAGCUGGCUAUAGAAGGGGUGCAGUAUAUCGCAGACCACAAGAAAGCAGAGGAUGCUGACUUCUCUGUGAAGCAGGACUGGAAAUACGUCGCCAUGGUGAUCGAUCGCAUCUUCCUGUGGAUGUUCAUUAUUGUCUGUUUGCUGGGAACGGUUGGACUCUUUCUGCCACCGUGGUUAGCUGGAAUGAUAUGAACCGGACCCCCCUACAAACACGGGCAUGUUUCAGAGAGAGACUGAGAGAGGGAGGUGGAUCUGGAAGGAGGAGAAUGACUUACAUUGUGGGGGGGGGGUUAAAGAUGGGGCUGUCCAUAAUUGAUAUAAAAAUCAGUUUAUAUGUUGGCCCUCAUCUAUUGUUAAACUACAGGCAGGUGCCUAGCUAAUGGAGGAGGGAUGUAGGUUGGGCAACAUUCAUACUGUGCUGAGAUAAUCCAUUGCUGUCACAAUUUUUGUCCUACUCUCUCCAUUCUGCACUAUUGUUGUCACAUUUCCCUACUGUCUCAUAUUGUUCAAUCUCCAUCCAGCCCUUCUGUGUCCAUCUUGUUAAUUUGUCUCUAUUUCCCCUACUUUCUCCAUCUUAUCUUUGUCUCCAUCUUCCCCAAGUGUCUUCAUCUAGCCCUACUGUCUCCAUUCAGCCCUACUUUGUCCAUCUUGUCCUUUUGUCUCCUUCUUGCCCUUUUGUCUCCAUCUAAUCCCACUUUCUCCAUCUUCCCCAACUAUCUUCAUCCAGCAAUUCUGUGUCCAUCUUGUUCUAUUGUCUCCUUCUUGCUCUACUGUCUCCAUCUUCCCCAACUGUCUUCAUCUUGCCCUACAGUCUCCAUGCAGCCAUUUAGUCUUGUUGUCUCCAUCUUCCCCAAUU